GACCCCUCCCUCCCCAGGCAUCGCGUCCUUCCAGUGUCUGUUGGGUCUCGGGGUCUGGAACCCGCGUGGGCCCGACCUGAGCAACUGCACCAGCCCGUGGGUCAACCAGGUGGCACAGAAGAUCAAGAGCGGUGAGAACGCCGCUAACAUCGCCAUCGAACUGGCCCGUCACACUCGUGGCCCCGUUUACGCUGGCGACGUCAGCUCGGCCGUGCGGCUCCUGGAGCAGCUCCUGGACAUUCUGGAUGCUCAACUGCAGGCGCUGAGACCCCUGGAGAGGGAGUCGGCCGGCAAGAACUACAACAAGAUGCACAAGCGGGAGCGCACCUGUAAGGAUUACAUCAAGGCCGUAGUUGAGGCCGUUGACAACCUGCUGAGGCCCGAAGCCUUGGAGUCAUGGCGGGAUAUGAAUGGAUCCGAGCAGGCCCACACAGCCACGAUGCUAUUGGACGUCCUGGAGGAAGGAGCUUUCCUAUUGGCUGAUAACGUGAAAGAGCCCGCCCGCUUCCUCGCCGCCCGUCAGAACCUGGUGCUGGAGGUGACGGUGCUGAGCACGGAGGGGCAGCUGCAGGAGCUGGUUUUCCCCCAGGAAUUGGGGGGGGGGGAGAGUUUCAUCCAACUGUCGGCGAAUACCUUGAAACAGAACAGCCGCAAUGGUGAGGGGGGGG